UACCAUCGCAUUAUUCCAUUACGAUAAAUAACCGGACAGCCAAUCGUUCUUCGGCGUUACUUCCCCGGCUAUUGGGAACACUUUUCCGUCGGCCAGAUCAACACUUGUUUAACGCGGUCGCUCGGGACCGUGUCUCUCUUGUCACGCGUUUGUCGCCUUCGUCGCAAUAACGGCUGUCGUCGUCGUCGUCGUCGUCGAGGUUCCUCCCUCCGCGGGAUGCAUACCUCCGGCGAUUCUAUUAUUAUAGUCGCGUACUUCCUCCUCGACAUAUUUAUACUCGUGCGGACAGAUUUCGCGGCCGGUUUCUUUCCACGAUCAGAGCCGUUUAAAUUUAAUAGGCUGUCUGUUCCGACGCUUAAUCAUCAUCGAAACCUUUACUUUGCGAUUACCACAAGUUAUCGACUUCAAUGUCAGGAACCACUGACAGAUCUGAGGCGUGUUAUGAAAUUGCUGCCACCAAUUCAAAUAUCGCAGCUACCGCCAGUUUCCGCCGCAGGCGGAAUGGCCGGAAUGGAACCUCGGCUACCCCCGGCUAUAUUGCCUUUCGGUCCGGAUUGGGCCCUCUGGAGGACUCAAUAUGGACCUACGAUGGGUUUCCCGCCUACGCAUCCACCACCCAGUCCUCUUUUGGAUUUUAAAACUCAUCUACCAACAAGUUUAGUGUCCGACCCUAGACUGUGGUCGCGGGAGGACGUAGCGGCGUUCCUGCGGUGGGCCGAACGGGAAUUUGACCUGCCACCGUUCGACAUGGACGUAUUCCAAAUGAACGGCAAGGCCUUAUGCCUGCUGACCAAGGCCGAUAUGGGCGAGAGAUGUCCAAGUGCCGGCGACGUGCUGCACAAUGUGCUAACCAUGCUACGCGAGCACAAUCAGCUACAAAGAUGCCUGCCGAGCAGCCCGGUGACACCGACCAGACAGUCCACAUAUCCGCUGAGUCCACAUUCGCAUCCGCCUACGCCAACGUGGACGACGGACACACCGCCAUAUGCCACGAAUCUCGCAUCGCUAAUGUCGGCCAACUCGGUGACGCUAUCACCGGCGCCGUCCGUGGACAGUCAGUCGGGUUCACCUAGCCACGCGACCGAUGCGAAUCAGACACAGGUCUACAAGAGCGACUCGGACGAGGACAACACUCAUCAAGUAUCGAGUGGCAACAGUAGUCCACCAGCCACACCGACUGCCCUAACGGCACAGAGGCUCAGCGAAGUAAGCGUCAAGGAUCAACCAAGUCCAACGUUACCGCAUCAGUUGAUGCCAUUGACGCCUGGUGCAUUCCGGUCGACUGCCGCCAGCGCAACCAGAGAAUUUUUCCCCAGCGAUUCGUCAGAACCCAACACCAACGGAAGACUACUCUGGGACUUCCUUCAGCAAUUGCUGAACGACCCCGGGCAACGGUACCAGCAUUACAUCUCGUGGAAAAGUCGGGAAACCGGCGUCUUCAAGAUUGUCGAUCCACCUGGUCUGGCGCGACUCUGGGGCAUCCAGAAGAAUCAUCUCUCUAUGAAUUAUGACAAAAUGAGCAGAGCUUUACGUUAUUACUACCGCGUGAAUAUACUUAGAAAAGUCCAAGGCGAACGACAUUGUUAUCAAUUUCUGCGUAACUCAGUCGAGUUGAAGAAUAUCAAGAACAUAUCAUCAUUGCGCCAUCAGAUGAGAAUAAAGUCGGAACCGGAAGAAGAGAGAGCUCUCUCCGGAAGUCCCGAGGCGGAGCCGGAAGCGGACAUGCCAACAGAUCUCUCGAUGUCCAGUAUGAGCCAGCCGUCGGGUGAACAACAGCAGCAGCAGCCCCUGUCGCUACACGAUCCACCUGCCAAGUACAGAAGUCACGCGUACAAUCUCAUUAAGACCAAUCAGGAACCGGAAGAGAGGAAGUGACGCGGGACCUAGCGAUGGUAGGAACGCAAUGAUCGUGCGUAAUCGCACCACAACAGACUGGGAACCAGCGGCGAAAUGACCUCGACGUAAGAAGGGUUCCAUAUUGGCAACCGAUCGACGGAUUACGGAAUGAAUUUGAAGAUUAAUUAAGUAAGCAUCAACUCCGUCCAGUUCGUCGGUUUGUGGAUAAGAAAAAAGUGGUACCAUCCGCACAAAAAUACCCGAAACCUUCGAGAAAGAAUCCGAAAAGCGUAAUUCGUUGAUGAAACUUGGGGAAAAUACGACGAAGACAAGAUCUAAUUUCGAAAUUCAGUGGUUGUUGAUAUAAAGAAGUGUGCUGACGAUUUUUCCGAAUGCAAUCAUUAAUAUGUAAGUAUGUUGUAAGACGUUUGAAAUGUAAAUUACAGGACAAAACGUGAUAAAACCUAUAAUAUUAAGAAUGCGAGACUCCGAGAAUAUAAGCGUUAGAAGAUAAACGAGCAAUCAUUUAUUAAAUUCGCAGAGGCACAUUGGCGCUCUAGGGAUGAGGGAUUCUUUCAAAGAUCAGGAAAUUAAAUUUUAUGCUCUAUAUGCCCAGCUUUUUGUUUAUCAGAGAGUCCAAGUUGCAAGAAUUCUCGUGUAAGAAUUUUUUCCACUUCCAUUAUUAUAAAGGUGCGUUAAGAAGCGCAAGAAAAGUUGCCCUCAUAUAGAUUCGCGUUAAGUGCUGAUAACGACAGACACUUCGAUAUGAAGUUAAAUCUUUGUGGAUAUUUCAUCCUAUUCUUUUCCUCGCUCUCUUCGCGGGAUAAAUUAUUCACAUACUGAACAAUUUCCUUUCCACUUUUUCAACAAGAUGUGUAUGAGACAUCUUGGAUGCACUUAAGAACACACGACGAUUCAAUGUACAAAGAAUGCCAGAAGGAGAACUGUUACCAGAUCUUUCCGUUCUUUACAAGUUUCUUUUUUCUCUUAAUCUUAAGUGUAUACUAUUAUAUAUUCUGUGAUGUGCAACUUUUUUGGCAAAACGUAGUCCAUGUUCGAAAAUAAGGUCGACCUUAAAGAGAGACUUUAUUUGAUUUAAAACAUUCAAUGUAAAUACAUCACAGAAAAAUUAAUGUUUUUAUAGUUUCCGAAGUACAAAGAGCUUGAUAAAAUCUGUUUACGACAGUUCAAUAAUUAUAUAUCUUACAUAGAUUAGAUCUUGCAAGAAUUCUGAAUGAAACUUUAACUGGAUUUUCUCAAGCUCUUACUGUAUAUGCGCCGAAACGGUUCUCCGUUACUUCACGUAUUUGUGCCAAGAAUAUUUGCUGCUUAAUAAGAGGACGUUUAUGUAUUUAGUCGAUUGUUCCAAAAAAAAACCUAUAUCAUGAUUUUGGAACCAAUACUGUGUAUCCCUUAUACUCGAUGUAUGCGUUAUAUUAAAAACGUGUCACAAUCGAGAGUCGUAUAAUCGAUUAUACGUUGUAGGAACUUGUAUAUAAACUGAGUUGAAUUAUUGAACUGAGGUAAUGAAUUGUAAAUGCAAAUGAAAGCUAAGAUGAAUAUUAAGAGUAGUGCAAGAAUUUUAUGAAAAUUCGGGGCCAGAGUUAGAAUAUAUAAAUUUAUCUAUAGAAAAAAUAUAUAUUUUACUAUCAAAAUUUAUAUUCGAAAUUUCUAUGUUUGUUGCCUGUGUGAUUGUGGCUUACAUUCCACGACUCUUUAUCCGAGGUUUGUCUACGAGAUAAAUUACGAAAGUCCGCAGAAAAAAUAGAGAAAACGUGAGAGAAAACGAGACGCAUAUACAAUUAGGAAACAGAUUUUAAGAAGAUUGCUAAUUGUAUUUUUCCACUUGAAGAUAUAAAACUAAAAAUAUAAAUUUGAAAAAGUAUGUAAGAGAAUUAAAAUAUGAGUGUGAAC